GUUAUGUUGCCACCCUUGGAGCACAGGAGUGACAAGUCCCCGUUCAUUCCCUCAAAUCUUUUUCUCGUGACUGAGACAUCGCAAACGCAAGUAUCUUCCUCUUGGAAGCCUCAAAGCCUUUGUCGUCAUAGUAUCCGGAUAGUUGUCUCGCUGUUGCAUCUCUGUCCAACUAUAUUAAGACGUUAAUAGCGACCAGUGCUCUAAACCACCCUGUGAUACGGCAGAUCAUGUCAAGUUUGUUCAAGAAACGAAAGCAUGGCGCUUCUGCUGGCGGCGACACUCGGCAAUCGAUUGCCGAAGCGAGAAAGAACCUCCCGGUCUUCAAGUUUCGUUCAGAGUUUUGCGACAAGAUCAAGAAUCAUGAAGUUGUCCUGGUGACUUCCGAAACUGGAUCGGGAAAGUCUACACAGAUUCCUCAGUAUGUUUUGGAUAUGACGUCUCUGACCAGAGCUUUUGCCAUUUGUGUGACGCAGCCGCGACGAGUGGCAGCAAUCACAGUGGCGUCGCGAGUAGCCAAGGAGCGGAAUUGCCGACUAGGAUCGGAAGUGGGCUACAGGGUGCGUUUUGAUGACAAAACAAAUCCGUCCACGAAAUUGAUUUACGCCACGGAUGGAAUGCUGCUGCGUCAAGCAAUGCUGGAUCCGCUCUUAUCGGCCUACUCGGUGAUUCUAUUAGACGAGGCCCAUCAACGAUCGCUCCAAACGGAUGUGCUGUUUGGCGCUUGCAAAAGAGCAAUGGAAGCGAGAAAGAAAUCCCAGGGAAAAGCCAAGAAUCUGCCACCCCUCAAGGUGGUGGUCAUGUCGGCUACAUUGGACAUAGAAACGUUCCUGGCCUUCUUUCAGGGAGCCGAAACUAUCAAAAUUCCAGGGAGGCAGUAUCCUGUCCAGAUUAUCUACACGAAAGAACCACAAGAAGACUACAUCGAUGCGGCUCUCUGUGCCACUCUUCAAAUUCACGAGGAUUCGGAAGAAGGAGAUAUUCUGGUUUUUCUUCCGGGGCAAGAAGAAAUCGAAGACUUGGCAUUGUUGCUCAAGAGCCAUCUCGACGAAACUGCCAACUUGACAAAAUCUUUGACUGGGGACGUUGUCCAAUCUCUUCGAGGAAUCGGCACGGACUUGUCGAAAACUGCCAAUAUCGUCAAUGGAGUGUUGGUCUGCGUUCUUUAUGCCGCCCUGCCACCCGAAAUGCAAAUGUUCGCCUUUCAACCAAAGCCAGAAGGUUGCACACGAAAGAUCGUCCUCAGCACCAACAUUGCCGAAACGUCAGUGACAUUGCAGGGCAUACGCUACAUUGUCGAUACUGGCAAGGAAAAGAGUCGGGAGUUUAGCAGUUCGACUGGCAUGGAAAGUCUUCAUGUCCAAGACAUUAGCAAAGCCCAGGCGGCGCAAAGGACUGGCCGUGCUGGCCGUGUGUCAAAGGGUUUUUGCUUUAGAUUGUACACAGAAGACGCCUUUGAGACGCUUCAAGAUACGACCACUCCCGAGAUUCUGCGGGUCAACUUGGCCCAAGUGGUUCUGCAAUUGAAGGGGAUGGGAGUAGAAGACCCUCUGAAGUUUGAAUUUAUCACACCUCCAAAUCCACAGAGUUUGAAGAGUGCCUGUCAGCACUUGUUUGCACUGGGUGCCCUCGACGACAAAAUGCAGCUGACCGAUUACGGUUCAAAGUUGGCCAGGCUUCCUUUGGAUCCUACGUUUGCUCAUCUGUUGCUGCAGUCGGAGAAAUAUGGAUGCACGGCCGAGAUUCUCGUUGCUGUUUCCAUGCUCAGUGCCGAAAACAUCUUGUUCCGACCAAGUGGGGAUCAACUAUCCGAAAAGGCUGCAGAAGCCCAUCGCCGAUUCGCCUCCCAUGAAGGAGACCUACCAACAUUCUUGAAUAUCUAUAGAGCGUGGAGGACUGAAGCAAUUUAUACAAGUUCACGCAAGUCGAAGGAAAAGAAGAACAAAGAGAGCGGCAAGGGCAAACUGUUGCAUGGAGAGUGGUGCCGUCGAAGCUUUAUCAGUGCCAGAGCAAUGUCUAGAGCAAAUGAUGUGCAUCAUCAGCUUCGUGCAAUUUGCACUCGGCCAGUUGACAGAAAUGGACUCGGCAUGGACGUCUCAAAGUCGUGCAGCGAGGACAUGGAGGCAUUCUUGAAAUGUGUUUGUGCGGGACUUUUCCUACAAUCCGCAGAGCGAGUCAAAGAAACGAAACAAGUGGAUGAAACAGGCGGUGUGCUGUCUUCAACUCGCAAGUAUCGCACCAAAGUAGGCAAUCGACCCGUUUCCAUCCACCCAACCUCUACGCUGUUCGGGAGAAAUCCAGCCCCGAAGUGUGUCGUUUACACCGAACUAGUCACAACCAAGAAGACCUACAUCAGGGGAGUCAGUCAAAUCCGAGAGUCUUGGCUUAACGAAGUGGCUCCGCAAUUCUUUUCAAUCAGCAACUAAGCUAACGAAAGCGCCAUCGGGGACGCGACAAAACAGAAAUGGUAUUCAUCAUCAUUUAACUGUUAAAACAACCCACCCAAUACACAACGAUACCCAACCAAAUGGGGGUUUACGUAAAAUGCACAUGUCUUCGCAGUGGGCUGACCUGACAACUGGUUCCUAUGCACCGCCUUCGCCUUGUUCGCCCUCUGGCAUCGCAGGCACAACUACAUCAGUUUCCCCUGUCUCCUGUACGAGUGCUUCUAGACCAGCAAUUUGCUGCUCGAGGAACCCACUGUGUUCAUCCAGACGCUCCCUCAUUCGAAUCAAAUGCUCCACUUUCCCACGUUUACAGUAAUCCUGACAUGCAACAAAAGAAAACCAUGAGUGAACGAAAGGAAUCGAAUCCGCGAGCAACGAAUUGAUUGCGUCAUUCCCCAAGAAACUCACCAGCAAGAUAGACAUUUGCUUCUCGGUCGGAGGACAGACACCAAACCUACGCGAUAUCUGCAUGCACUCCCUUGCCCCUGGUUUACGCCUCGGGGUUUUUGCUGCUACAGUGGGUUCGUUGGCUGAUGCAUCCGUCUCCCCCGAUGCCGCUGAUGCUGCAGGAGGAGGCUUCAAUGUUGCAGCUUCAGCUUGGAUUGGUGGAACAACCGCUUCAUCAACUCCAGAAAGCUUCUCCACGGACGCAGGGGGUUCUGGUGCCGAUUCAGCAACGGCAGGAGCUGGUGCCGCAACCGGUGGAGGCUGAGUAAUUGUUGGCGCGGCUGCAGCUGGUGUUACAACAGGCCCUGGCGCCGGUACUGGGGCCAGUGUCGGUGUUGGGGCUGGUACUGGGGCCUGUGGAGCGGGCACAGCUGCCUUCGGAACGGGCACAGCUGCCUGCGGAGGAGCUAUCGGCGGAGCUGGCACCGGGACUGCAGCUGCCGGCGGAGCUGGCACCGGGACUGCAGCU